CCCUGGGGCGCCCCGCGACUUUUUUCGUCCUCCUUCCCCGGCGCAUGCGCGGUUGGCGACGGGGAGUCUAGACCACUCCGGGCCGCGGGGCCCAGUGGGAUCAUGUCUGGGGUGCAGCGCAUGAGGGUGGCGAACGAGAGACACAGCAAGAGCAUCACGCAGCGGGGGGGGCUGCACCGCGCCCAGAAAGCCCCCCCGGAAGAGAAAGCCGCCGUGGGGCCGUGGCUGCUGGCCCUCUUCGUGUUCGUGGUCUGUGGCUCAGCUAUCUUCCAGAUAAUCCAGAGCAUCCGCCUCGGAGGAUGAUGGGAAACGCCGCUCUCCUUCCUGUGCCUCUUCUCAGGGAAUUCUGGGAUACCUCCUGGACCUCCAGUGACCCUCUGUGAUGUGUUGCUGCUGCGCUCCCUACCCCCCCCCGUGUCCGCCUGCCAACGUUGCCCCCCUUUUUUUUGUCUCCUUGUAUGUUUCCAGCCCCGGGGGGAAGAGGGUGGCUCCCUUUUCGUCUCCCCCUCCUGCAAGCGGGGGGUGUCCCCCAGAGGUCCUGUGAAGGCAGCCUGGAGUUCGGUCAUGGUGUGUGGGGGGAGGAUUUUCCCUUAAAAUCUGUGAUUCCCACCCCCGGGUUUCGCAAUGUCUGAUUGUUUACUGGAAAUACAUUAAAUGUUGGAAUUUUUAAUAAAA